CAGACCUCUCCCCGGGAGGCGCCGAGGACACAGCCAGCAUGAACUGGGCAUUUCUGCAGGGGCUCCUGAGCGGCGUCAACAAGUACUCGACGGCCCUGGGCCGCAUCUGGCUGUCGGUGGUGUUCAUCUUCCGCGUGCUGGUGUACGUGGUGGCGGCCGAGGAUGUGUGGGACGAUGAGCAGAAGGACUUCGAAUGCAACACCCGCCAGCCGGGCUGCACCAACGUCUGCUACGACGAGUUCUUCCCCGUGUCCCACGUGCGCCUCUGGGCCCUGCAGCUCAUCCUGGUCACAUGCCCGUCGCUGCUUGUGGUCAUGCACGUGGCCUACCGGGAGGAGCGUGAGCGCAAGCACCGCCUAAAGCACGGACCCAACGCCCCACCCCUGUACAGCAACCUGGGCAAGAAGCGGGGCGGGCUGUGGUGGACGUACCUGCUGAGCCUCAUCUUCAAGGCGGCCGUGGAUUCUGCCUUCCUCUACAUCUUCCACCGCCUCUACCAGGACUACGACAUGCCCCGCGUGGUGGCCUGCUCCGUGGAGCCUUGCCCACACACCGUGAACUGCUACAUCUCCCGACCCACGGAAAAGAAGGUCUUCACUUACUUCAUGGUAGCCACCGCUGCCGUGUGCAUCCUGCUGAACCUCAGUGAGGUCGCCUACCUGGUAGGCAAGAGAUGCCUGGAGAUCUUCAGCCCCAAGCAUUCUCGGCGCCGGGGUGACACGUGCCCACCUUAUAGCCUGUCACACGCAGAACACCCCCAGAACGGGGACUCUGUCCCAAUGAAGGCCGUGCCAGCUGCAGUGGACACAGGAAUGUUUCCGUAA